GGAUAGUACCAAAUGAUAAGUGACUUGUAAGGUGGAAAUCAAAGUUCAAACUUGAGUAUCCAGUGGAGUGGCAAAGUGGGUGCAUGGUUCAUUCUUCCUCCUCUUCUGAUGUUAGUACCUUUACAAUUUACGCGUAGCUUUAGCGCCCUAUCAUCUUCGAAUCAAUGUCACGUUUUCCGGAGCACUGCGCCUAUUCACAUUGCUUAUUGCCGGAGCACAGCACAAGAAGCACCACCGGAGUUGCAGAGGUCAGAAAUUAAGCCUCCGCCGCAGCACCUGACUCCGGCGACCACAGCAGCAGACAGUUUGAAAACAAAGGAUGUUAAUGGGCGUGGAGGUUCCGGAAUUCAGGUUCGGAGACAGAGAUAUAUAUCAGUUUCCAAAUCCGAGCUAUUGGAUGCAAUUGUCUCCGCCAUGUUCUCCUCACAAGAGGAAUCCCGCGAAUUUCUUCAUCUUUCCAAAUGCUUAGAUAUGAUUCUUCACGCUGAACACAAAAGAAUUUUAGAGGAAAUGCGUGCCGAGUUUGAUCUUACUUUUUCCACAAAAAGCAAAGGUGUUGGUCUUGAUGAUUUGCCAGGCUUGGAGAGAAAUUUUGUGGCUAAUGGGAUGGAGUCUGAUGCCGUUAUGAAUAGCUCUGUGAAAAGUGAGAGCAUAGACAAAGAAAAGAAGGAUGAGGCUAACACUGAGACGAAAAUACCCUUCAAUUUCACCCUGGACUUGAGAUUUCUGUUGGGUUCUUCAUCAAAAACUGUCGAGGAAAAUCCUACCAAGGCUUCAAGAUUUGCUGUCCCGAUUCGUUUUCAGCGCGCUUUCAUGCAACUUCUCUAUGAUGCUGAGUUUGAAGAAUUAUCUCCUCGGGAUUUGAUGCUGACAUCUGCAUUAAAUACUGAUUAUCUUCUUACCUUGCCAAUUUAUGUUGACUGGAAAAGAUCAUCUGAGUCAGGUGCAAUAAUAUUCAGGCGAGGCUAUGCAACUGAAAGGCAAAAGGGCUUGCUAAUUGUUGAAAAAUUGGAUUACUUACAGUCAAAGUUGUUACAGAAUUUCUUUUCUCUUAUCGCCAAACCUUUGGGGAGAGUUGGUGUGUGGAUGAACGAGAUUCUUAAGAGCAUAAGCCAGAAAGAGGAUACACAAGUUUUGGCAAAUAACAUUAAGCUUUGGCUUAAGGAAUUGGCUCAAUCCCAACAACCAUUUUUCUUUGAUGAAAAAAUGCUUGAUAACCCUGUUGAAACUGACCUAUCGGAUGACUUUCCAAUCUGGUUGGCAGCAGAGAGAGCAGUAACUCGAUAUGAAGGAAUUCUGUCAGCAGUUGGGCCUCGUAAGAGACUCUUAAGGAAGUUCCUUAGUUGGAUUGGACUUGUACCAUCAACUCCUGAGCAAGCAUUUGAUCUUAACUCGGAUAGCUCUGUUUCUGAAUCUCAUUUGAGGCCGAAUUUUCUGUCAAGGAUGACACUUAGUGAUAUAUGGAAACCUGCUUCACCAAAAUAUUGU